AUGUUACUACGAGGAAAAAGGAGAACAGUGAAUCGAUACCGCUCAAAUGUUGAAUCGUACCAAGUGUACCUUUUGCAGGACGAUCGCUGUAAGACCACAGUUGCCGACAACUCGUACGGAACGACUGGGCGUUGCCGGCAACGUGGUUGUAUCGCUUCGAGUUGGGCCAGCAAUCCUGCUGCUGGGGCGCACACUGUUCUUGUAGAUGACUCGGAAGGUUCCACUAGAUCCAGUUAG